AUGGCGGGUACAUCCCCAGAUCCCGUGGCUUUCGUGGAGCAGGGGUCAGGAAUGGGGGGUUCGCAGCGGCAGCAGCAGCGGCAGGAUGGGGGGAGAACUGCUGCAUCUGAUGCUGCGUCUCUUAGUGCUGCUGAGGAAGAGGAUGAGCAGAAGCAGCAGGAACCGCAGAGCGAGAAAUAUCCAGAGGGAAGUGGAGACAGCUCUGAGCGGCAAUCUUCAAAUGGCUGGAGUGUCAGGUCGCUGCCGGCAGAGGACCAGCCGCAACAGCAGGUGCAGCAGCACCGGCAGUGGGAAGCAGGAGGAGCAGCAGAAGCGUCUGCUUCAACGGAAAGAAAGAACAGUGGUGCAUCCGUGGCAGUGUCUGAGGUUGCUCUAGGUGAGCUGUCUGGAGGACUUCCUUCUCUUGCAGCAUUUUUGGCGGGACAGGCAAAUUCGAAGGCGUCCAGCUCAUCAGAGGCCGCGACUAAAAAAGGGGAUGAGUGUCUUCAAGAGAAAAGAGAAGAGCCGUCAGAGAGAGCGUCGUCCCCGCCGGCAGCAGCGGGUGCAGCAGCAGGUGCGGCGCCAGCAGGAGCACUAAGGGGCGGUGGGCAGGCGGCGUCAGCAACGACUGAUGCUGGAGAAGAUGCAGGUGAAACAGAAGUGGAAGCAUCAGGUGCUGCUGGAGCUGGAGAAGAAUGUGGCGAGGAGGGUGAAUCGCGCUCGUCGUCAGCAGCAGCAACGGAGGAAACUGCUGCAGGUCCUGCUGGGGCUACACCGCGACGGCGGCAGCGGGUUGUGGGACCUGAGUUGUAUUCGCGUUGGCAAAUGUGGGCGAAGAAGGUUGAGCGCGUGAAGGGUGUUUGCUACAGCAGCACUCGCCACGAGUGGAUUGCAGUGGGUCCGGUUCAACAGGGCAGCAGCGGGCGAAAGAAAAAUGUGUAUUUCUCUGUCCCCAGGUACGGCUUCUCGGAGGCGAGGCAGCUAGCUGUUGAAUGCAGGAGGAGGCAGGAGGAAAUUUUGGCGGGAGGUGGAGACAAAGCCGUUGACGCAGCUGCAAUCGCAGCAGAGCUCACGGAGAAGUACAGGCAAAGAGCGGGAGCUGCUGCGGCUGCAGCAGCAGCUGCCGCUGCUGCAGGCCAGCCGCUGCCGGACGGCGACGACAGCGAUGAGCUCGAAAGACUAGGCCUCACUCUGAUGGAGGAGACCGAUGAAGGCAGCAAAACGGAUGCAGAGGAAGCGUCAGCAGCAGCAGACACAGACAGCAGCAGAGGCGCCGCGUCUAGUGCUGCAGGCAGCGGCGCGCAGCAUGCAACAGCCUCCCCGUCAGGGGGCAGACCCUAUGAACUGCGGAAGAGGCGUCCGCCCACAACUCACCUCAGCGACGAUGAGGCAACGGACGGAGCCGCCAGGCGCUCAUACACCCGAACACAGCAACAAGCGCAGCACCAAAAUAACCCCAGAAAACGGGGAAGGCCCCCGAGGUCCCGCGGUGGGGCCCCGCUAAGCGACCUCCCAGCUUUCGGAGCUGCAUUCGCUGCUGCAGAUCCGCAACAACAGCAGCUCGUGCUUCAGCAACAGCAGCAGCAACAGCAGCAACAGCGGGGAGUUGCAGCUGCGGUGUGCAACACAGGCAGCAGCACCCAAGGCGUUGGCGCCAGCAGCAGCAGUGGCAGCAGCAGCAACAACAACAGCAUUAAUAUGCGUCUUUUGAGUGAAGCCCUUGGGAUGGUUCUGCAAGACUUGCUGAGGCUCUGCUCAUCCCCUUCGGCUCUUAUUGCUGCUGGCGUUCCUCGCGACGCUGUAGAUCUAUGCGCCCUCAGCUGCCGCUGCAUUGAAGCAAGCCAGCGCCGCGUGCGAGCUGCUACGUCGCCGCAGGAAUUGGAGGAGUUCGUGUCCCUAUUUAGAGACUGCAUCAUUCAGCAUAGACUGCCGAGCAGCAGAAGGCCCGAGCAGAUCCUCCUGUACGUAGAGGCUCUUGCGCGAAAAGAAAGCGCUGCUGCUGCAGCAGCGGCGGCUGCUGCAGCGGCGGCUGCAGCUGCGGGGGGGGGAACGGCAGCUAGUGGAGCAGCCACGGCAGCAGCAGCAGCUGCUGCUGCAGGCGGGAUCAGGGGCUCUCAGCUGCAGCAGCAACAGUUGUUACUGCUGCAGCAAAAAGCUGUAAAGAGCGACACCUCGCCCGUGCGGCCUCUUAAGACACUGCCGCCGGUACAGCCACAGCCACAGCAGCAUCAGCAGCAACGACUACAGCAGCUCCAGCUGUUGUCCCUGCUGCAACAGCAGCAGCAGCAGCAACAGCAGCAGCACGAGGGGCUUAGAAGGCCAGCAGCAGAAGCCUCCACUUCCCCGCCGAAGGAUGCGAUCCUCAAAAAAUAUGUAAACUUUGAGGCCUGGCGUCGCUCUUGCGUGGCUGCGUUGAACAGAGCCGAGGACUUUGGGGAUUUGCGCCGACUGCCGCAGCUCCGAGAUGCCAUUGUGUACAUCUUAGGCGCUGACUAG